AUGUCCGAUCCAAAGUUAUUGAUAGCUGAAGCUGAGAAGCUACUCAAACCGCAACUGGGUUUCUUCCUGUUCAUAUCUGGUUCUUCACAGUCGCUUCGAAAAGAAGAUGCUACUGAUUUGUAUAUUCAAGCUGCUAAUAGUUAUCGGUUAAGCAAGGAUUUCAACCAAGCUGGAAACCAAUUUUUAAAAGCAGCGGAAAUCCAACAAAGUUUGAAUAAUCAUAAUGGCGCGGCUAACCACCUUGUUGAGGCAUACAAGUGUUUCAAGACUUUAUCGCCAACUGAUGCAAUUGAUGCAUUAUCGCAAGCAAUACACAUUUUCUUGACUCAAAACGGUCAAUUUAGAAGAGCGGCAAAUUUCACUAUGGACUUGGCUGAGUUGUAUGAGAGUGUUGGUGAUUUUGGGAAUGCUAUUAAGAGCUAUGAGCAAGCAGGUGACUACUUCACUACGGAUCAUGCAGAAGCCCUUUCCAGUAAAGCGUUUUUGAAGUGCGCCGAUUUGUCUGCUUUUAGUGGAGAGUACAAAAAAGCUAUAUCAAUGUACGAUGUCGUUAUAAAAAACCUGUUGAAUAGCUCAUUGGCGAAAUGGAGCUUGAAAGAUUAUUUUUUCAAAGUGCUCUUAUGUGUUUUAAACAUGAAUGAUCUCGUUGAAGUUGAGAAAAGAAUGGAGAGGUACGCAGAAGAAGAUCCCAACUGGUUGGGUUCUAGAGAAUGCAAGCUAAUCGAAGGUAUUUUAGAAAGCAUCAACAAUGGCGAUGUUGAGGAUUUCUCGGAUAAGGUGUUUGAGUUUGAUAAAUUUAGUAAACUUGAUAAAUUAAAGACUCAGUUAUUGUUGAAAAUUAAGACAACAGUUGUUGAUAACGAUGACGUUGAUAUAUUAUAG